CGUGACGUCAUCGUUUGUGCUGCUGGCAGAAUACUAGUCAGGGUCUGUGAGCGAAGCAGAAACUGUCAGCAGAAGAGAGGAUGCGUGCUGUUUUCAGGUAUGGCCUGGAGAGCUGUGUUCACAGCCUUGGAGGCAGUGUGUGAGGAAAACAUCACAGCUCUGUCUGGGCCUACCGACUUGCUGUGCGGUAACGCUUCCGGACGCUUGUUGACCUGCAUGAGAAAGAUUCAGGACCAUGGCCGUGCACUCGAACCUGUGGUUGCUGGUUUUACUGCAGUCUACCACCACUAUGACUUUGACGCAGAUACCCCUGGGAAUGGGUAUCGCACACUGGUAAAGGUGCUGCAGUCUUGCAUUUUGCACAUCAUCCACAAGGGCCGCUACAUUGCCUCUAACUGCCACAGGGCCUUCUUUAGGGCUAACCACAAUGCCUCAGAGAUGGAAGCCUACUCCAGUGCCCUGUGUCAGCUGCGGGCCCUCCUCUACCUUGCUCAGCGUCUGCUCCACGACAACGGUCAUGGGCAACUGUACUCCCUGCAGGAUGGAGAGCUGAGCAGGAGGUUUGUGAGGGAGUACACCUCCAUGCACAAGGCCUGCUUCUAUGGCCGCUGCCUUGGCUUUCAGUUCUCGCCUACCCUUCGUCCAUUCCUGCAGACAGUUGUCAUAAGCAUGGUCUCAUUCGGAGAGAGCUACGGAAAACAACAGUCUGGGUUAGGCAUGGCAGCUUUCUCCUUCCUUACCUCUGCGAAGUAUGUCAUUGAUCCAGAGCUGAGGGGAGCAGAGUUUGAGCGGAUCACCCAGAAUCUGGACAUGAAGUUCUGGAAGUCUUUCUGGAACCUCACAGAAUCAGAGCUUCUAUCGGGCUUGGCCAGUGUAGCCUCUAACCUAGUGCAGCUGAACCUCACCCUGACCAUACCUCCUGAACCACUGCACCUCCCCCUGGCCUCAGACCCCCGUCUCUUUGCCCCUGUGUCCCCUCCGUUGGCCCACUGGGGCCCUGGACCUGUUAAUGUGCGGCUCAUCUCCUAUGAACUUCGAGAAGGGCAGGACAGUGACGAGCUGUUGGCUUUCUCUCGUACAGAAGCUACCCCCAUCUCUGUGUCUUUGGUACCGUUUGGUGCUCAGAAGCACCCUCCCUCCCCCUGGUUGCUGAUCCACUUCCAUGGAGGAGGCUUUGUGGCCCAGACCUCGAAAUCCCAUGAGAACUAUCUGAAGAGCUGGUCCAAGGAUCUAAAUGUCCCCAUUCUGUCUGUGGACUACUCCCUUGCCCCUGAGGCCCCAUUUCCCAGAGCCCUGGAGGAGUGCUUCUAUGCCUACUGUUGGGCCCUCAAGAACUGCCAUCUUCUGGGCUCCACGGCUGAGCGUGUGUGUCUGGCUGGGGACAGUGCUGGGGGGAACCUCUGCAUCACAGUGUCUAUGAGGGCCAUAGCCGGCGGUGUGCGUGUCCCAGAUGGUAUAAUGGCUGCCUAUCCAGCUACCCUGCUCACCAUUGACGCCUCGCCCUCCCGUCUGCUCACCCUCAUUGACCCACUACUGCCAUUAGGAGUGCUCUCAAAGUGCCUCAAUGCCUACGCAGGUGUAGACUCUCAGGCAGUACAGCCCACAGAGGGGACCAGCACAUUGAGUGAUCUAGGUAGAGACACAGCCUUGCUGAUCAGUGACCUCACACACGGGGCAUCCAAUUGGAUCCAGUCAUUCCUUCCUGCAGAGGUCCUAGGGUCAGUGUCAUCGUCACACCAGCAGUCCCUCGACAACGAGGCCCACUACAGAUCAACGUCACCCAGUUCCUCCUCAUCCAACUCCUCCUCAGGUCCUAGGGAUUACCCAGAAGGUUUUGAGCCCCUGCGCUCUGAGCGCCUCGCUGUGAUCCAGACGCCUAGCUGUCCCAUCGUCAAGAACCCGUUUGUGUCACCACUUCUAUCCCCUGAUGACCUACUGAGAGGACUACCGCCUGUACACUUGGUGGCCUCUGCACUGGAUGCCUUGUUGGAUGACUCUGUGAUGUUCGCCAAGAAACUGCGGGAUAUGGGCCAACCAGUGACCCUGAGAGUGGUGGAGGACCUCCCACAUGGCUUCCUCAGCCUAUUGGGGCUCGCUAAGGAGACACAGGUGGCCUCAGACAUCUGCGUAGCACGAAUCAGAGAGGUCUUCCAGCAGCAAACCCCGCCUCCGUGUACUAACAAGCAAUCAAAGUUGGAAAGGACCAAUCAUGGCCCAUCAAAUUGAGUGGCUGACCAGCUGCCUAAUAAAAUGGAGGGGAAAGUGUAGUUGUUAGAGUUUGUGGGGAACUGAGGAGUCAUGCAUGUACAAUUUAUAAAAUGGUGAAGAGGGGGGGGGAAUAAACUACGGAUGGAAGAAAAAGGGAGGACAGGCCCCUUGAUGGGCUUUCCAGAUUAUUUUACUCAAUGGUAGUCUGGGGGGAAAGGCAGUCCUCUAGUCGACUGACAGCACAAUAUGAUCAUUCAAAGCACACUGGGGGAAAAGUAUGAAAUGUAGUGUCCUUUUUAACAUUGCAGAAACAUAACACAGGGUAUGUGAAUAAAACCAAUGACCAGCGUUGAAAGAAAUGCCUUUCCUGGUUGCUAUUCUGUCCUUAAGAUUUAACCAACCCCUUUGUGAUUGUUUUGGCUAAAGCAGAAACAAAAUGGCAACCGGCUGCUUAGAAAUAGAAGUAAUAAUCUCUGAAUAGACAGAUUUGUGUAAUCAGAAGUAGUGCCUUUAACUCCAAAACUGUACUGUACAAACAAAUCCCUUUAUUUGACCUUGCCUGUAACAUCGGGUUGAACAACUAAUAGGACCUAAUGCAUGCAUACAGUGCCUUCAGAAAGUAUUUAGACCCCUUGACUUUUUCAACAUUUUAUUAGGUUUCCCUCAUCAAUCUACAGACAAUGCUCCAUAAAGACAAAGAAAACAGGUUUUUAGAAAUGUUACCU